AUGGCGGACGAAGGCGCUUCCCCCCGUGAGCUGGUCGUGGAGGCCUGCCGUCGGGAUCAACCUCACUUGAUUGAACAGGUCCUGGUGAGCAUGGAAGGGAGAUCGAACGAAGAUGUGGCCGAAUUCUUCAACGGUGUGACGGAUUCGAUGGGAAACCAUGCCCUUCAUAUAUGUGCUACGUACGGGAGUUACGACGUCAUGGACACCCUCUUCGAUAUCCAGUACUUUGAAUGCGAUCCCCUUACCCGCCUGGACAAAGACACCCCACUCCACACCGCAGUCCGCUAUGCCAACGAGAAAGACGCCGAACUGGGCGAGGCGAUGAUCAAGAUGAUGUGUGAGGCCGGCUGCGAUCCGCGUGUCAGGAACAAGCACGGUCAGAAGCCGGCUGAGCUCGUCUACAACAAUCAGGAGAUCAAGUCCACGCUACAGCAGGCCGAGUACAUCAUGGCAGAGGGACUAAGGGAGGAUGCGGACAACGGAUCGGUUCACGACAGUGCCAGUGACAGCGACUAG